CUGGGCCUCUGGGCUGCAGUGGGAGGUGUGUGACUACGUGCAGAUGAUCGAGGCGGAGCGCAGGCAGUGCCUGGAGGACGCCCAGCUGGACAAUGAGACAGCAGGCUGCAGCAAGAUGUGGGACAACCUCACCUGCUGGCCAGCCACCCCUCGGGGCCAGGUGGUCGUCUUGGCCUGCCCGCUCAUCUAUAGUUUCUUCUCCCCACUUGAAGGCCGCAACGUGAGCCGCAGCUGCACAGACGAGGGCUGGACAGACCUGGCGCCUGGCCCCUACCCCAUUGCCUGUGGCUUGAAUGACAAGGAAUCCGAUUUGGAUGAGCAGAAAAUGUUUUACAACUCAGUAAAGACUGGCUACACCGUCGGCUACAGCCUGUCCCUCACCACCCUCCUGGUUGCCACAGCCAUCUUGAGCCUGUUCAGGAAGCUCCACUGCACGAGGAACUACAUCCACAUACACCUGUUCGUAUCCUUCAUCCUGAGGGCGGCCUCCGUCUUCAUCAAGGACCUGAUCCUCUAUAACAGCGACGAGUCCGAGAGCUGCUCCGAGGCCUCGGUGGGCUGUAAGGCAGCCGUGGUCUUAUUCCAGUACUGUGUCAUGGCCAACUUCUUCUGGCUGCUGGUGGAGGGCCUCUACCUGCACACCCUGCUUGCGGUCUCCUUCUUCUCCGAGCGGAAGUACUUCUGGGGGUACAUACUCAUCGGCUGGGGGGUGCCCAGCACAUUCACCACGGUGUGGACCAUCACCAGGAUCCAUUUUGAAGAUUAUGGAUGCUGGGACACCAUCAAGUCCUCGUUGUGGUGGAUCCUAAAGGCCCCCAUCCUCACCUCCAUCUUGGUGAACUUCAUCCUGUUUAUCCGCAUCAUCCGAAUCCUGGUUCAGAAACUGCAGCCCCCAAAUGUCGGGAAGAGUGAAAAAAGCCCAUACUCGAGGCUGACCAAGUCCACCCUUCUGCUGAUCCCCCUGUUUGGAAUACACUACACCAUGUUUGCCUUCUUCCCCGACAACUUCAAGGCUGAAGUGAAACUGGCCUUCGAGCUCGUCGUGGGGUCUUUCCAGGGUUUUGUGGUGGCUGUCCUCUACUGCUUCCUCAAUGGAGAGGUGCAGGCGGAGCUGCGGCGGAAGUGGCGGCGCUGGAACCUACAGGGCGUCUUGGGCCUGGGCCCCAAAUACCAGCACCCGUCCGGAGGCAGCAACGGGGUGACCUGCAACACGCAGGUCUCCAUGCUGACCCGCGUCAGCCCCGGCGCGCGCCGCUCCUCCAGCUUCCAGGCCGAAGACUCCCUGGUCUGACCGCCAGGGGCCCAGGAGUGCCCCACCCGCCCUUUCCCGUGGCGCUGGGGACAGAGGCCAGCCCCAGCCCUGGGCUCCGAGGCUACCCUGGCCCCCAGGCCACUGUCCCGAAGGCCCUGGAGAGCGCGCUCUUGCACCUGCCUGGGGAGAGGGGCGAGCCCUCAGGCUGCACCUGGGGGGUGGGGGCGGGGCUCAGCCAUCGGACUCCUCCCCCAAAGCCCCCCUGCCAAUCACUGGCAAGAAAUUUGCAUAUUCUCAAGUGACUCCGCCCCCUCUCCAGACCUAUGGAGGAAGGAAGGCACCCCUCGAAAUUCCUUGGGGACUUGGUUGACAAAGGUCUUGGCCCUGAAAGGUCACCUGGUACCACCACCUCGACAGUGCCUGAAGUUCCAACCUGGCGGGCAAGUUCCUCUGGGUUAAGCAUUGCCAGUUAUGCAUCUCUCUGAAGAUGGGGUCCCCUCCCCUAGUGUCCUCCUCUGGUGGGAUGUGGAGUUCUAGUUUGGGGAGCACAGCUGUCUUCAGAGGCCCUGCUGAAGUGGAACAGUCCCAGGAGGUUUGGAACAAUUCGAGGAGCCUGCCACCAGCCCUACCCAUCCCUAUGAGCUGAGGGAGCUGCCCUCGGCUGCCCACCUGUAUGCCAACUGUGAGAACCAGGCUCGGAGAAUCCACCCAGCAAGGUGGGAGCUACUGUCCCUCUCCCACAGAUCCGGAAGCUGAGUCUCACAGAGCUGGUAUCUGGCCUCGCCGCACAGCAGGAUUUGAACUCAGAUCUAGCUGACGGGAAAGUGGAAGCACAGACUUUUUACUGCUGCCUUUUAUAUCUUGUAAUACCCUGGAUCCUGGUGGUUAUUUGUAUCGCCACUCAUUGUUAUUACCACCAUCCCUGCAAGCCCUACCCCAUUCCCACCCGACCCUCCCCAGAGUGUGGCUGAGGAGUCCUCUGGCCCAUGGGUCAUCUAGACAAGAGCCUGGUGGUCAUGGCAUUGUGUGUCUGCUCUGCACCCCUCUGGUCACAUGGCUUCCUGCCCACGCCCCAGCCAGAAGAUCUACCCUUGUGCAACAAUAAAUGUUGUGCUGGAUUGGCUUGGUUUCCCUGCUGGUCUAUGUCCCUGCGUGGCCUAAAAUGGGGACUAGCUUCCAACCUGCUGCCAUCUCCCCCCAUUCGGAGGAGGGGUGCACUGAAGCCAGAAGCUGGCACCCUCUGCCUUUGGGCAGGAAUACAUUCCAUGUGAGAAGCACACCGUUCUAAGGGUCUUCACCUGACAUCUCACUGAGGGGUUUCCUCUCUCUUCUGAGUGUGAGGAAGUUAUACUAGGUCCUCACUGUGUCCCCGCACCCCCUAAAUCCAGCCAA